ACUGUCAAAGUCAAUCAAUUUGUUUUUUGUCAAAAUGAUAUUUUCGUGUGGCGAUUGAGGAUUAUCAAAAUAUAAUUAGAAAAUUCAUUGUUUUCAAUUCGAAUUAUUUAACAAAAUGGUGUCACGAAGCUUAACAGAAGUUUUCGUGUUAAUGCGAAAUAAUGCUAUACACAGCAAGCAUAUAUUUUCAGAACAGGCAAAUGAUACGGAGAGAGUAAGACUGAUGAGAUCAAAUUCUCAUGAAAUGGAAGCUGGCUUGGAACUAAAAUCUGAGUCCAAUGCCCCACCACCUUGGAGUGACUCGUUGGAGGAGGCACAUUAUAUAGUUACGAGGUUAAGGACUAAGUUGUCAGAACUUCAGUCCCGUCACGAGCGACAGAUCCGAAGGCCAGCUCUGGACGACAGCGGCGAACAGCAGCAAAUUGACCGAUUGUCGGCAGAAAUUGGCCGACUUUUCACUCAAGCACACGCGCGAAUUACAACUAUUAAAUCUCAGAUACGACAUGGCAACAACAGUGAACAGAAACUAGCGAGUAACGUAGUUCUAGCAUUAGUCACAAUCCUUCAGGAUCUGAGCAUAACUUUCCGCACGUCGCAGUCGAACUACCUGAAAUCCUUAACUUCCAGAGAAGAAAGAUCGAACGCGUAUUUCGAUCUCCCAAAUUUUGAAGAACUCAGCUUACAAGACAACGACCUUCUGCCAGGACUGACCAACAAUCAGACAGACCUGUUAUUUUCGUUACCGAGUACAUCCGGUUCACAGAACUUCGACGAGGAAAAUUUAGAUGGAAUGUUCCAGAAGCAAGCGAUGAGUCAAAAACAGCUGUUACUGAUGCAGGAGGAGAACAGCAAGAUGAUUGAAGAGAGAGAUGAGGAAGUUAACAAGAUUGUCAAGUCCAUCGUAGAUUUGAACGAUAUUUUUAAAGAUUUGGCAACUAUGGUUCACGAACAGGGUACAGUUUUAGACAGGAUAGAUUACAACAUUGAACAAACCCAGGUGCAAGUCCACGAAGGGUUCAAGCAGCUGCAGAAAGCUGAAAGGUAUCAAAGAAAAAAUAGGAAAAUGCACUGUAUAUUUAUACUAGGGAUAAGUGUUUUUGUGAUGGUAAUUUUACUGAUUAUAGUAAAAAGUUAGCUCUUAAUGCAAUGGAAAUAAAUCUUUUUGUCGCGUGGCAAAUUUUGUUUUGUAUCGGCUGAGAAAUUUCGAACUUUGAAAGCACAAACAUCGCAAAGCACUUCUGUUAAUUGUGUUACUAAAUAUUUAAAUUUUAUUCAAUAUUUCUGUUUUAUAUAAAGAAACAAUUAUUAUUCAGUUUUUAUGUUUGCAGCUGGCAACACUUAUUAAUUUUGUAGUUACAUUUACCUAGAAUGUAUUUGUGAGAAUAAUUCAUAAGGUGAUUGUGUACGAUACAAAAGCAUUAUCUAUUUGAAUAUGAGGAUUUUAAAACAGACUGUAGUGUAGUUAGACAACAAAAAAUAUUAUAUGUAAACUAUUUAGAUCUAGUUAAUGCUGGUUCACACUAGUUCGAGAGUCGUGGUCCAUAGAUGUCAUCUAUACAUCGGAUCGAAUUCAGUAAUACUUCGAUAUAGUUUGACUAAUUAACACUAUCGUUAAAUUUGGAGAUUGGUUUUAUUCAAGAAACUUAUUCAAUUGCAGUUCUUCAAAUGAUACCAUACAAUCAGUCGCCAUGACAAGUGAUAAACACAAACUUGCUUAAGAUGCGAAGAUUGCGUUCGUACCGAUAAAAUAUCCGGCGGAUUCGAUUUUUUAAAUUUUCUUCUCCAGUCAAUAGAAGCAGUUUUUAUUAACUUUAAAUGAUGAGAAAAUCGAUAUAAAGGAACUCGAAUCAGUUGAAAUACGAUCGAUGCGAUCUUACCCCGCUAUACGAAUGUCCAUCCGAACUAAUGUGAGCCGACUCGUAUUAUUUACAAACCGACAUAAACAGAAGCGUAAUAAAUAUUCGAUCUGGUUCAAAGUCAUUCCUAUUCUUAGAUGUAAUUAAUUUUAUAUUAAGAUUUAUGACAGUUUUUUUUUUUACGUUAUCGAUGUUUCUUUCUCAAAGGCUGGAUUUCUAUUAAUAAGCUUAGCGGACUACUACAUGGCUGUAUGCAAUCGUUACUUUGCCAGUUGAAAU